AUGGAAACUCCUCCUAGAUGCAAAUUUGCAUUCAUAUUUUCUAUCUUCAUCUCUAUUUUUCUUGGCUUGGUUUCAUUUUCUUUAUGUAUAGCUUCUGAGAUUAAGAGGAACAAGAAGGAAGAUCUUAGAUGGAAUGGAAAACUAUGUUAUUUACCAUCAAGUCAAGCAUUUGGAUUAGGCAUUGCAUCUUUGAUUAGUUUGUGUUUGGCUCAAAUCAUUGGAAAUUCAAUAUUGUUCAAGAAUUCUUAUUCAAGAAGAAAAAUAAAUGCACAAUACAAGCUACCUUUCAUUGCAAGGCUUCUAAUUUUGAUUUCUUGGCUAAGCUUUGGAGUUACAAUUAUUUUACUAGCGGUAGCCACAAGCAUGAGCAAAGCACAACCCUAUGGAGCAGGUUGGUUAAAUGGUGAAUGCUACUUAGUCAAAGAAGGAACCUACACAGUCUCAGCCAUAUUAAUUCUAGUCACAUUAGCCUCUAUAACAGGUUCAAUUUUAUCAACAAUAAAAACCAAUAAAACAGAGCAAGAUCGCAAAAUACAUGCACAAAUGGGGUAA